AUGCCCGAAAAGAUUAAAGUAUCAGGUACAGUGGUUGAACUUGAUGGUGAUGAAAUGACUCGUGUUAUAUGGAAAUUAAUUAAGGAUGAGCUUAUAUUUCCAUUUCUGGAUGUUCCCAUUGAGUAUUAUGAUCUUGGAAUGGAAAACCGUGAUAGGACUAAUGAUCAAGUUACAAUUGACGCCGCACAUGCUAUUCAAAAAUAUGGUGUUGGAGUAAAAUGUGCUACGAUUACCCCAGAUGAGGCACGUGUGAAAGAAUUUAAAUUAAAAGAAAUGUGGAAGAGUCCUAAUGGUACAAUUCGAAAUAUUUUAGGUGGUACCGUAUUUCGUGAACCUAUUAUGUGUUCAAACAUUCCUCGUUUGGUGACAACAUGGAAGAAACCGAUUGUUAUUGGUCGUCAUGCUUUUGGUGAUCAGUAUCGUGCUACAGACUUGGUUGUUAAUAAACCAGGAACUUUUGAAAUUCGUUUCAUUCCUGCAGCCGGAGGGGAACCCGAGGUUCAUAAAGUAUAUGAUUUUAAAUCUGGAGGUGUUAUAAUGGGAAUGUACAACACUGAUGAAAGUAUAAAAGAUUUUGCAAAGAGUUGUUUUGAAUUUGCUCUUGUUAAAAAAUGGCCUCUUUAUCUUUCUACGAAAAAUACAAUUUUAAAGCGUUAUGAUGGUCGUUUUAAAGAUAUUUUUGCAGAUUUGUACGAAAAGAUUUAUGAAGAAAAAUUUAAGGCUAAUAAUAUUUGGUAUGAACAUCGUCUAAUUGAUGAUAUGGUUGCCUAUGCAAUGAAAAGUGAGGGAGGAUAUGUAUGGGCUUGUAAAAAUUAUGAUGGUGAUGUUCAAUCAGACAGUGUUGCACAAGGCUUUGGUUCACUUGGAUUAAUGACAUCCGUUUUAAUGUCACCGGAUGGACAAACCAUUGAAGCUGAAGCCGCACAUGGUACUGUUACACGUCAUUAUCGACAACAUCAGAAGGGUGAAGAGACAAGUACUAAUCCUGUUGCAUCCAUUUUUGCUUGGACACGUGGUCUUUUGCAUCGAGGGAAACUUGAUAAUAAUGACAGGCUCAUGAAAUUUGCAGCACUUUUGGAGCAAGUUGUUAUUUCUACAAUUGAAUCUGGUUUUAUGACCAAAGAUCUUGCAAUAUGUAUUAAGGGAAUGAGUAAUGUAAAACGUGCUGACUAUUUGAAUACCCAAGAAUUUAUUAAUAAGCUUGCAGCAGAAAUGAAGAAAAGUUUUGAAAAGAGCAAAAUCUAA